AUGUCUUCCCAUUCCGAAACCAGGUCCAACAGCAAUGGUGAGAGGCAGCAGCAGCAGCAAGUUUGUGUGACCGGAGCAGGAGGCUUCAUUGGUUCAUGGGUGGUGAAGGAGCUCCUCAUCCGUGGCUACCGUGUCAGGGGAACUGCCAGAGAGCCUGCUGAUCACAAGAACGCCCACUUGCUUGCUCUCGAGGGAGCCAAGGAGAGGCUAUCCCUGUGCCGCGCCGACCUCCUGGACCGCGACAACCUCAUCGCCGUGUUCAGCGGAUGCCACGGCGUCUUUCAUAUCGCCUCACCGAUCUCCAAUACGGACCCGGACCUCAUGGUGGUUGCCGUGGAGGGAACCAAGAACGUGAUCAACGCGGCGGCGGACGCGGGCGUGCAACGCGUGGUGUUCACCUCCUCCUACGGUGCGGUGCACAUGGACCCCAACCGGAGCUCCGACGCCGUGCUCCAGGAGUCAUGCUGGAGUGACUACGAGUUCUGCAAGCAAACAGGCAAUCUGUACUGCUGCUCGAAGAUGAUGGCCGAGAUCACCGCGAAGGAGGAGGCGGCCAAGAGGGGGCUGGAGCUAGUGGUGGUGGUGCCGUCGGUGACGAUCGGCCCGGCUCUGCAGCAGAAGCUCAACCUGGGCAUCACUCACAUCAUCCGCUACGUGACGGGCGCCAAGAAGACCUAUCCCAACGCCGUCGCCGCCUACGUCGACGUCCGUGAGGUCGCCCGCGCACACGUUCUCGUCUACGAGCGCCCCGACGCGCGCGGCCGCUACCUCUGCAUCGGCGCCGUCGUUCACCGCGCCGACUUGGUGAAGCUCCUCGGUGACCUCUUCCCCGAGUACCAGAUAACUGCCAAAUGUGAAGAUGACGGCAAGCCUAUGGCCAGGCCAUACAGGUUCUCCAACCAGAGGCUCAGGGACCUGGGCUUGGAGUUUACUGCCCUCAGGCAGACUUUGUAUGACACAGUGGUAUCGCUGGAGCAGCAGGGUCACCUGCUUCUGCCUGCGGUUCCGGGGCCAGAGCGUGCACGCCUCUAA